UGUUUUUGCGGUGUUGCGAAGCGGCUGACCUUUUGCGCUAAGUGUUCGCCCCCCUUGUCUGCGCGCUUCCUUCGCUUCCGCUUUCCCCGAUAUCAUCUUUCACAUCCUCCUUGUGCCCCGCAACUUCGUCUCCUCGUUGACGUUGCGCUUGAGCGAGCGAGCGAGAGAGGGAGGGAGAGAGAGAGCGAGAGAGAGAGAGAGAGCGACUGAGAGAGACCCGUGUCCGAGGGUGCGCGCAAGAGAGAGAGAGAGAGCGAGCGAGAGAUAGAUCGAGACCCGUGCGCUCGCGUGACUGUGACAGUCAGCGCUCGCGUAUCAGUGUGCGGGAGUUUAUCAGUGAGCGGCUCGGGCAGUCGGUUUAGUGGGGGGAUGUGCGAGAGCGAGUGACGGAGAAAGAAGUGAGCGAAGCGAAGCGGAUUGGAUUGUGCUGGGAAGCGAGGAUUGCGACAUAUCCGGCACUUCGCCCAUUAGCGAGCAAGGACAAUCUGUUGACAUAGAGAGAAUACAGACGCACAGGCCGACAGACAAACAGACAGACAUCCAGCCAGAAAGCGAAGUGAGAUUGCGAGAUAGAGGGAAGGGGAUAGAAAGAGAGAGAGAGAGAGAGAGAAGAGAUUGAGAGAUUGAGGGACGCACACUCACUCGCAUCCACGCACGCACGCGCACAGACACUCUCUCUCACCCAGCCGCUCACUGUGAGCAGCAGCAGCAGCAGUCCAGCAGCCCAGCAGCAGCCCAGCAGCAUAUCAGUCCUCGACGAGGGUAUAUUUGAGUCUGAAUGCCAUCUACAGCACAUGUGCUCAUCAGCACCUCAGCUCACAUCGCGGCGUGCUUCUGAUCUCGGCAAAUCUUGCCCAUCCUCGCGUGGCUCUUGAGCUCGCCCGGACCCUCAGAAUCGCGCACGUGCGCGGGGAGUGGCUGCUCGUCGCCGCCGCAGCAGCAGCAACCACGACGACCGGUGCAGUAGUGCCUUGCGCAGCUCGCUCGCUCGCUGGUCUCCUCGCGGCUCGAUUUUGCCUCAGCAGCAGUAGUCCCCUCUCCGGUUGUGUCUACUGGCGGCCCUGCUCUCCCCCGAGUUGACGCCGCUCGCCCUUCCUAAGCUGUUCUUGUCAUCGCAGCCGCAAUCCGACCCGCGCGCGGCAUCUCCAGCAGCAGCAGCGGCGGCAGCUCCGCAGUCGAGCUACAUCCAGCAGCAGCAAAACCAGGCGAACCACAGCAGCGGGAGCAGCUGCAGCAACAGCAACAGCCACAGCAACAGCGGCAGCCGCAACCAUCCCAACCAUUUCGCGUCGACAAACUGGGACUCCUUGCUCGCGCCGGCUGUCGCGCAGACCCCCCUGAGCGCUCUCGCGAGCGAGUUCCGCCAAUCGGUCCCCAUUGCUCAUCUUCCCAACACGCCUUCCACCAUCGGCAUUGCGUCGAACGCUGCAUCCUCGAUCUUGACCUGGAGAAUUCCUCGACAAGAAGCGUUCUUCGUGGGUUCCCACGCUGAAGCGCGGGACGCAGCUGUGGCGCCGGCAGUGGCAGGCGGGGGAGGGGUGUCUGGGGGGGCGGGGAGGGUGGACUCGGCCCCCGACUGGACCGUGUCCUCCCCUCUGAGCGAUAGGCCUUUGAAAGAGCGCGAUCUCUCGCUGGGCUUCGGCACCAGCAGCGCCCACCGCCCGCAGGAGGGCAAUGGAUUAUGGAGCCGCAACGCAGGAUAUGGAUUCGUCGGCUCGGCCGAGGGCGCUGGCGCCGGGAUCCCUGGCGGAUUAGGGGGCUCCACGCAGCGCGACAUUUUUAGAGACAUUGUGGGCCGCGCCAGCGACGAGUUCGGUGUAGGGACGCCGUACGGUGUCGGUGUGCGGCGCGAGGAGCGCAACGCCGAGGAAGGGCGCGGGGGCAGUUUUGUAGCGUACGUAGGCGGCGAGGGCCGAGUCGCUCAUGUGGGGCCGAAUCGCGGCGAGGAGAGCGGCAGUGGCAGCACCGGCCCCCCGGGGGCUAAGCGCAAAGGCCCCGAUGAGGAGGGCCAGGCGGUGGAGGGCGGAAUAUGGGGCAAUCCGGGCCUGAGAGAGGGCGCCGAGGCAUUCAAGCGCCGCAGAUUGGACGUGCCCGCCUCCAUGCGCGGCAUGGACGUGCAGCCCCUGGGCGGCGCCGACGUGCGCCCCGGCGACGCCCGCCCGGAGAACAAAGAGGACGAGCAGCAGCACGCGCUCCAGCUGCACGACGCGCAGCGCGCCAAGGCGCCUCCGCAGCCCCCCGGGGGCGCCGGGGGCGUCAGCGCUGGGACUCAAGGCGGCACGGCCUGCCUCGAGUGCGGCAAUCAGGCCAAAAAGGACUGCCUGCAUCAGAGAUGCCGGACCUGCUGCAAGAGCCGGGGCCUCUCGUGCCCCACCCACAUAAAAAGCACUUGGGUCCCCGCGGCCAAGCGACGAGAGCGCCAGGCUGCAGAGGCUGCUGCAGCUGCUGCCGGCCAGCCGCGCCCCAAAUCCAAACGCGCUCGCUCUCUCGCCCUCUCGGUGCCCGCCAAUCCGACGACCUCCCAUACCAACACCUCCGCCGGCACGUCUCCGCGCGGUUCUGAUAUCAAUUCUGGCCAACCAGGGAGAGGGCCUCUGCCAUCGGAGCUGAGGACGCAAGCGCUGUUCAAGUGCGUACGGGUGACGGGCGUAGAGGACGGUGAUCACGAAUUUGCCUACCAGGCCACGGUGAAGAUUGGAGGCCAUAUUUUCAAGGGCGUGCUCUACGACCAAGGUAUGGACAAUGGAAGCACCAGCGCCACGAAUGUCGCGGACCUGCAGCUGGGCGGGAGGAGCAUGCCCACGAGCUCGGCCCUGAUCGAUCCGACAGGACUCUACGGAAAUCCCAACAGCGCUCUCCUGGGAGGUGAGAAUCUUAGUUCUUUUGGAGGAUUAUCCAAUCUGUGGUGGCAUAACAGGCAGCAAGGAUAGAGAGGGAUCCGCACUGGCGAAGACGAAGAAGAAGACGAAGGAGAAGAAGGAGAAGGGCUAUGGAUCUUUCGAAUUGAAUCUGGAGGGGGAGGGUCGCGAGUCAGGUGGUCUUACAUACCUGACGAUGAUGAUGAUGAUGAUGGCGCGAGAAGUGUCCUUGCUUUCGCGAAUCAAUCAAUUGGUCGUUCGUUCGUCGAAAUCUUAGAGCAUGGCCCGUGCAAGUGGGUCCGUCUGGAUGAUAAUUCUUGUUCACCUCGGCGGCGAGGUUAAGAUUUGACCGAGCCUCCUUCGAUGGUGGUCGAGCUAGGUGGGGGUGAUUGAUUAUAACAAUGAUGAUGAAGAAGAAGAAGAGGAGGAGGAGGAGAAGUAGAAGGAGAAGCAUGAUUAUGAGAAAGCGGUGUGAUCCUUGACCUCGGGUGCUCUCAAGUUGGACCAAGUUUUGAGGCCUCGGCGUCUGAAGCUUCGUAUCUGCUGUCGCCGGUCGCAACGGAGGCAAUUCGUUUUGCCUCCGCACACAUUUUAGCCCCUGCCGUAAGAGACGUGUCCGCUGUCAUGCUUAAAUUUGCGCAAUGGGCACAAUGGGUGUCGUCUUAGAAGAGGGGAUUUGCAUGCCUGAGGAGCCUUCUUCCGUCGAAUGGAGGAAGUGGAUGGAUGAUCAUGAGCUUCGGAGACGCCCGAGCACUUAGUAGAGUGAGUCGCAAGGUGCUAUUGGCUGACGGAAGGAUGGUGUUGAGAUCUCAGUGAGACAGCUGACUGUUGUGGUGCCUUGGAUCUCCUUCUCGCGGAACCUGCUAGAUUUAUUAGAUCGCUGAGUCCCGUCCGGUCCACACUCAUAGAGAGAGAGAGAGAGAGAGAGAGAGAGAGAGAGAGAGAGAGAGAGAGAGAGAGAGAGAGAGAGAGAGAGAGAGAGAGAGAGAGAGAGAGAGAGAGAGAGAGAGAGAGAGAGAGAGAGACUAUGGACCGCAAUGGUGUCAACGAGCACCCAGUUCAGUGCAGUUCAGUUCAAUGGCACCCAGUUCAGUGCAGCAGCUCUCGAUGUUUGUAAGCUCCGGGAGAAUUGCAGUCGUCUUAUCUCCCGGGCAACAUUUAUUGAGCGUUUCACCAGCUCCUCAUAAAAAAACAUAAAGCCGGUUCACUCUCUGGGUGGUGCUGUUCCGGACGUCGGUUCUCUGAAAAUCUCAGACAGAGACCUCCCAGCAUAGCGCUAGCUCGCCUUUCGCCAGGCCACGAACUUCUGAGUAGGCAAGGAGACCCAUUGUGUAGCUACAUUGGCGGUAAAAAUUUCUAGGAGCAGCACAUUCUCAUAGACGAGCAGCAGCAGCAGUGCCUUGCGAUUUUCUCGCGCCUGCGUUCUUCUGAUUUGAGGCUGAAGUUCAGCGAUCCUCGCAGUGUCCAGUAAAUUAGAACUGGUGAGAGUUAUAUAUAGUACAGUACCUGGAUCUUUUUUGUCUAUAAGGUCUCAGUAGUGGAAGCAUUUUUUAGUCCAGAAGGUGGAAGGUGAGGGCCUCGUCUUAGCGCACCGCUUCACGGUCUAAGAUGUCUAGGAUGGUGUUCCGAAGGAGUGUCAGUGGCUCAGUAUACCCGAGUAACCUUCCAGGUUCUCACAUGUCGGUCGCAGGCAGGAGGCAGGCACGCAGGCAGGCACGCAGGCAGGCAGGGCCUGUUCGUUCACACAGCACGUUGAUCUCUUCAGCUUAGAGAUCUCAUGAUCUUGGAACAAUUUUGAAAGAUACUGGCCAGAUGAGAGGUCAAUAGUUCUACUCGUCGGUUGGAGUGUUUUCGCUUGAUGGACAUGUCUGACCAUAUGGUCCUGUGCAUUGUCUUUGCAGCGCUCCGAUAAGACAAAAGAAAGUCCACCCCGACAUCGAGGCUAAAAUGUUUUGUAGGACCUCUUGUGGAUACAACCAUUCUUGCUGUUUCAGUUCAGUUCUAGGGAAAUCAAUCGCUUCUUCCUUCUUCCUAUGUCCUUUCGUCUGGGCUCUUCAUCGGCAGCACCGUUUCACUUGAGAUGACAAGGGGUUUUCAUCCGCUCUCGAUGAGGCCAUAUUUUCUAGCAACUUGCCGAAUCUGCCAAUUGGUCUGUGCAACCGAUUGUAUGUAUGCUCUGAGUUGUCUAUGUAGCUGGUAGCUCUUCUGUAUUUAUAUUCAUGAGUAUUCGAACUCGCAGAGAUGCCAUUACAAUUUGUCUUCCUCGACUAUUCGAGGCCAAAGAUUGAUUACACUGUCUGUGGGCAUGCAUG